AAAGGCUGGUCCUCGACAAAGCUUCGGGGCUCUGGCCGUCGGCUGCCGCUCCUGGCGCUUGGUACUGGUGGAAUGGGUGGGCAGAGCGCCAGGGCGGUCAUCGCUUUUGCGCUUCGAGCUGGAUACCGGCAUCUGGAUUCAGCGGUGACGUAUCCGAGCUUCCCUGAAGAGCUCCAGCGGGGCCUUGACGAAAGCGGAGUGCCGCGAAGUGAAGUCUUCAUCUCUACCAAGGUCUCUCCAGAUGCCAUGGGCUUCGAGGCCACACAGGCGCUAGCUCUGAGGCUGGUGGAGGAGAUGCCAGGAGGCUAUGCAGACCUCUGCAUGGUUCAUUGGCCGGACACAGCGGAGAAGGCACCUACUUCUGCGCAGGACCCUGCAUUGUGGUCUUCACUGGAGCGAGUCGGAACCUGGAAGGCUUUGGAAGCGGCAUACGAUGCUGGAGUCUGCAAGGCUCUUGGCGUCUGCAACUUCCUGGUCAAACACCUGAAGGAGCUGCUCAGCUACGCACGCGUGCCACCAGCGGUGAACCAAAUUGAGUAUUCCCCAACUGCGCCUCUUGCGGAUGUUGUUGACUUCUGCCGGGCUCAUGGCAUCGUGAUCGAAGCCUUUGCAUGGAAUCGGCUAGAGGUUCUCAUGCAAGAGGAACUCCUGGAGCUUACGCACCGUCUGUCCCCCACCCCGACGCUUCAUCGUGACUUCGCCAUGCAGGUUCUCAUGCGAUGGUUCAUGCAGCAGGGCAUGGUUCCGCUGUUCCGCAGCGAGCGCCAGGAGGUGGUGUUGCAGACUGCGGAAGGCCUACUGAACGUGCCGAACCUCACUGAGGCGCAGAUCGAGUCACUGCGCAAGCCUCGUAGUGACUAUCCAUGGAAGUAUUACAGUGCAGCUGCGCCUUGGCGGACACCUGUGCUUGCGACCAAGGGCUAG